AAGCGAAGCGGGCAGGCGGGGAAGGGCUCUGCCGGGUCGCGGGCGCUGAGCGCCAUGAGCGAGGGUGGUCUCGCGUCCCCCAACAGCCAGGGCCGAGCGGCCGCCCCCCUGCCCAACGACAGGAAGCGGGAAGCGCUGGCCGCCGGCUCCCCGAUUCAACCCAUCAUAAAGGAUGUUGGGGAAAUCUAUUCAAGACUACUGGAUCACAGACCAGCAAUUCAGGGAGAAAUACGUUACUUUGUUAAAGAAUUUGAAGAAAAACGUGGCCUCCGAGAGCUACGCGUGCUUGAAAAUCUGAAGAGCACUAUCUUUGAGACAACGGAACACGUCCUUCCCAAGUGCGAGCAGGGAAUGUGUGACAGCCUGAGCGAAGUGCUCAGCAGAGUGCAAGCUGCCAACGAUAUGAUCCAUAGACUCCAAGAGAGGGAGCAUGAAGAGAGGAAGGUUCAGAUGGCCAAACUGAUGGCUCGUGAAGAGAAGCACAGAGCCCACUGGGAGGAAUUCAUGAAAGAACAAGAAAACAGGCGAGCAGAGGUGGAUGAAGAGCACAGAAAAGCUAUGGAGCGCCUCAAGGAGCAGUAUUCAGAGAUGGAGAGGGAACUGGCCAAAUCUAUUUCUUUUUAAGACCUUUCUUUUAAAACAAUACUGGGUUUUUUGCCAAUAAUCAAUCGCUUCUGACUUAAAUUGAGAUCCUUUUGGGAAGCUGAAACGCCUCAGAAAACGAAGAUUUCCUUUCCAGGUUUGGUAUGGCAAGAAAAGGUUUGCAUACUUUCUACUUAAGUGCCUAUCUGUGUUCACUGUGUUCAGGGCAGGUGGAAUGCCAGUAUUUCUUCGUUUCGUGGAAGGUGGAACUGAAAGUUACAUUGUGUGACUACAUCAGCUCAGGGAGUUGCAGCCUGGAAUUCUCUCCCAUCUGCAAAGAGUAUCGUGUCAUUUGGAAAAACAGAGACUAGCUAUCCCAGUGUGUAGCCACAGCCCUUCCCCAAAAAAAUGGGUAUAAUAGCUUCCAGGCAGAGCUAGCUGGGAAUUCACUGGGAAAAACAUAAAUCCCAUUCACGAAUCACAGGAAAAACAGCUUGUUUGGUGGAAUGCUUUACUUUGAAGCUUUAGCAAUGAAAGAUCUCCACAGAGUUCUAAAUCCAACUGUAAUUCCAACGGUAUGUGUAGUAUGUUCAGUAUUGUGAAGUAGAGUUGACAUGUAAAUGGGUUUUGCUAACUUAAAAAUGACUAAGAGAUCUUGGACAACAGCUUCUUCUCUCUCCCUGUACAUGUCUCAGGCCUCUCUUUUUAAGCUUUAUUGUUCCAAGCAAAGCCAAAACAAGCUCCAAAGUAAUCAUGAGAAGCGUUACCAUUCUUUGUAUUUGCUUUGUAGCUGAUACAGUAUUUACCUUAAAUACUCACUGUUGGUUUACUUAGGAUAAACUUGUCAGAUCUUCAUAAAGUGAUCGAGGAAAGAUUUUUUUUUUUGUUUCAUUAUCAGCAAAGAAAUGGAGCAGAGUAGUAGCAGAAUGCCUGUGGUACUGAUCUACUUUCCUACUGCUAGUCAUCAGGGCAUGUGAAACUCCCCUAUUGCUUUACUUUUAAAUAAAACUUGCAGUUUAAGAACUGCAGAAGUUGACUUAAUCAGCUCAUUAACCAAGGAAAAUGAGACAUAGAACCUUAAUGAAAUUUUCUGCAAGUUAACCAUUAGCACAGGAAGUAUCUUUCUAUAACUUAACUGGUGCCCAAUGUAAAAUGGAAACAGGUAAAAAUAAACAGAAUUUUCCCUUUACCUGGUUUGCAACAGUUUUAUGCCAACAAGGGUUGCUUGUGCAAAGUUGAUGGCUUGGUGUCAAGGCCCCGUUCCUGGCAGCAUGUUGAUAGUUUGAUUAAAGUUAGCAGAGGAGGUGGAAUAAGUAUUUGAGAUUUCUUACUGAAUUCCUGCCAAGCUGCUUUGCCUGCUACUGUAGGCCUAACAGCUUCAUCAAUCAUCAUCCUGUAUCUGGCCUGGAAGGAGGACUUGCCGACACUGGGACAUGCUGGAAUGUUGUUAAUUCUCUGUUGUGGAUGGAAAGAAAAACAUAGAUGUCUCAGAAGUAUCCCACACACAUGAAAAAAUAGGAAAACCUCUUUUGGAACAACCCCUGCUUGAGUAGAAGGUGACCUCUGUAAUAUUUCUCAAUUUAUGUACCCGUGAUGAAUGUUGUAACAAAGCUCAGGCUUUCAUUUAAAAAGGAAAAGCGAGUUCUUGCCCAUCUUCAGAAUUGGGUGUGGAUUGUUUUGAGCACAGGCUGGAAAUAGCUUCUCUCUUACCAGAUUAAUUGAUGUGCAUGUGCUCAAAGCCCAAAUAUCUUUAUAAAAGAAUGCAUUUAGCUGCAUACUGAAUUCAUUUUUGUAUUUGCACUGAUAAUUUUUAUUAAGAUUUAUAUAUCUGAUAAACUGUGCACUGGAGCUGUAGAUUUUAGUACGUCAUUAAUUUGAGGGCUCUUUAGCAAUGAUACAAGUGCUACAAGUUGGGUAUCCACUGGAAAAUAAAGCAGUAUUUCCAAAGCCUUC